UGUAAAUACUAUCAGCGAUACAAAGCAGGUCUUAACAGUCAGUCUGCUGCUCCGCUACAGAAUGGAGAUUUGUUUUAUUGUCUCAAAAUAGGUGUCGAUGCUGCUUUUCAACGUUUUUUUCGGUGUCUUUGUUGUUAAAGCCGUUUGUGGAUUGAAUGGUUAAAGUUCACUGCUAACAGCAUGGAGGUUAAGGAGGUAGAGAAAUGUUGCUGUGUCGUCAAGGUGUUUGAGGCUUUUUCUUCAAAGAAACCAGUGAGCUGCAGCGGAGUUAUCGUCCAUCCUCAAACAGGAACAGUGAUUUGCACCGGCCUCCCGUUUUCCCGUUUUACCGCCGACAGGGAGUCCCUCUCUGCAGACUGCAGGCUGCUGUCACCGCACAGCUUUAGCCAAAAACUUAAAAUACGAGUCAGCUUUUCUUCUGAGCGAGAUCUGGACUCAAACCAGCGUGCACAGGGAGAGGCAUCCUCCUCCAGAGGCAAAGCAACACUUCAGCGGGAAGUUGCAGCCGAGUUGCUGAUGCUGGUGAAUUGCCUGGAGUUCAAACAAGCUUUCCAGGCAGUUUUCCAGGAGGCUGAUCAGUGGCGAUUUCAUGGUGAUGAAGAGGAUGAGGAGCUGAUAAGAGAUGCUCAGUUCCUCAGCUGGUUUGCAGUGCUCAAGGUGGCAGACAGCAGGCAGAGCACAGGGACUAUUAUCCCCUGGCAGAGCAGCUCACCUCUGCAGAAGGGCUGCCCAGUUGUUGCAUGUGGCUCACCUUUUGGCUCCCUCUGCUUGGAUCUCUUCAUCAGCACCCUAAGCAGAGGCAUCAUCAGCAACCUCACAGGGGAGGACAACGCUGUCAUCCUCACAGACGCACGCUGCUUGCCAGGGACAGAAGGUGGAGGGCUUUUUGUAGUGAAAAGCCAAAACACUGUGCAGCUCAUCGGGCUGAUUGUGUCUCCGUUUGGUUGGAAGGCAAACGAGUGGAUAGGCCUCACCCUGGUCUGCUCCAUCCAGAUGAUCUUCAGGAACAUCAUCCGCUGCAUGAGCGCUCAAGAUCCACUCAGAGAUGUUUGGCUCCAUCCAGGAGAGGCAGGCCUCCUCAUGUCCACCACAGCUCAUGAGUCAAAAGCUGUUAAAUGCCCCACUGUGUGCUUUGUGGACAGUGGACAGUUCUGGGGCUCAGGGGUCAUUGUCGCCUCUCAGCUGGUGGUGACCUGCCGCCAUGUUGUCAACGGGAAGUCGACUGUCACCCUGAAGUUCCAUCACAGGGACAGAGUCCAUGAUGUUGUAGGUGAAGUGCUGUUUUCCACUAAAGCCUCCUCACCCUAUGAUUUGGCUCUGGUGCAGCUGAGAGAUUCCACCACAAAGGCUGUGGUCCCUCGAAUGGCUCAGAGUUACAAUCCAGGUGAAUCUGUCGUCGUGGUGGGAUAUGGUGGGUUGGGUCGCAGAUGUGGUCCAUCCUUCACGUGUGGCGUCCUCUCCAAAGCCAUCAGCUUGAGUGAGGGGCCCAUCAUGCUUCAGACCACUUGUGCAGUACAAGCAGGGACCAGCGGGGGGGCUGUGGUGCGGACACAAACAGGAGAGCUGCUGGGUAUCGUAUCCAGCAACACAAGAGACUUGGCUGCCAAAGUUACCUACCCGCACCUAAACUUUAGCAUCCCAGUGACUAUUUUCCAGAAAUUGUUGCAGCAAUUUCACCAAAGCAGGGAUGUUAAUGUGUUCAGGGAGCUGGACAACACAGACAAAGAAGUCAGCACAGUGUGGAGGCUGCAGGGUGCACAGAGCAAAUUAUAACUGCACUCUGAGAUAUGCUGCAGAAAAAAAGACUGGGUGAUUUAGUAAAUAUUAUAUGAUAUAUAGGAUUAUAUGCAAAAUUAUUUUAGAUAAUCACAUCGAUAAUAUAUGUAAUAAAUAACAGUGUUUUUUUUAAAAUAUAUAACUAAAUAUGUUUUAUACUUAAAUUAAUUGCAAAGACAGGCACAAAGUCGGAGAUCUGAAGGAGUAAAUGAAACAAGAAUCAUUAAUUCCUAAUGUUACACUUAACCCAGAAUCAUGCACUAAACUUGAAAUAUUUAUAAGACCACUUAAUGUUAACAGCCAAGUUAACUUUAGUUUAAUACCUCAUGAGAUUGCUUUACAAUAAUGUAAUUUUAUAAA